GCCCGCAACGCAACGCUCUUCACCCCGUCGGCAAGCACCGGAGAAGAAGAUGAAAUGUUUUUCCCGUUAUCUCCCGUACCUCUUCCGCCCUCCGAGCACCAUCCUGUCUUCCACUUGCCACACCGAAGCUGACAUUAUCUCAACGGUUGAGUUUAACUCAUCGGGGGAGCUGUUGGCCACCGGGGAUAAAGGAGGCAGAGUGGUUGUCUUCCAGAGGGAGCAGGAGAGUAAGAGCCAGCCCCAGCGUCGAGGGGAGUACAAUGUUUACAGCACAUUCCAGAGCCACGAGCCAGAGUUUGACUACCUGAAGAGUUUGGAGAUUGAGGAGAAGAUCAACAAGAUCAAAUGGCUUCCUCAGCAGAACGCCGCCUACUUCCUGCUCUCCACCAACGACAAGACGGUGAAGCUGUGGAAAAUCAGCGAGAGAGACAAGCGUCCGGAGGGCUACAACCUGAAGGAUGACGAUGGACGGAUCAGAGACCCGUCGACCAUCACCUCGCUACGGGUGCCGGUAUUGCAGCCUAUGGACUUGAUGGUUGAGGCUACAGCCAGGCGUGUAUUCAGCAAUGCUCACACCUACCACAUCAACUCCAUCUCCGUCAACUCCGACCUUCAGACAUAUAUCUCCACCGACGACCUCAGGGUGAACCUGUGGAACCUGGAGAUCACCGAUCGCAGCUUCAACAUUGUGGACAUAAAGCCGGCCAACAUGGAGGAGCUGACGGAGGUGAUCACCUCUGCAGAGUUUCAUCCCCAGCAGUGUCACACCUUUGCCUACAGCAGCAGCAAGGGCUCAAUACGCCUCUGUGACAUGAGAGAGGCUGCGCUCUGCGACAAACACUGCAAAUACUUUGAGGAGCCAGAGGAUCCCUCCACUCGCUCCUUUUUCUCUGAAAUCAUCUCAUCCAUCUCUGACGUGAAGUUCAGCCACAAUGGCCGGUACCUGAUGACAAGAGACUACCUCACUGUCAAGGUGUGGGACCUUCAAAUGGAGAACAAACCACUAGAGACAUACCAGGUGCAUGACUAUUUACGUGGCAAACUCUGUUCUCUGUAUGAGAACGACUGCAUCUUUGACAAGUUUGAGUGUGUCUGGAACGGAUCAGACAGCGUCAUAAUGACCGGCUCCUAUAACAAUUUCUUCCGAAUGUUUGACCGGAACACUAAACGUGACGUCACACUGGAGGCGUCCAGGGAGAACAGCAAACCCAGAGCCAUUCUGAAGCCGCGCAAGGUGUGUGUAGGUGGGAAGCGUCGUAAGGAUGAGAUCAGUGUCGACAGCCUAGACUUCAGCAAGAAGAUCCUUCACACUACAUGGCACCCGCACGAGAACAUCAUCGCAGUAGCGGCCACCAACAACCUCUACAUCUUCCAAGACAAGGUCAACUAAAGAGCAAUCCGCCUCUGCUGACCCCCUGCUGGGUUGGACAAAGGAGGGAGCCCUUAUAUACAUCCUUCUUCUCUCCCCAUUUCUUUUUGCUGCCGGUCUUGAAUUUUGGCGCUCUGCUGAAGAAUGGCAGAGAUGAAUAUCCAGUGACUGAAAUUGUGGAUGUUGUCAGUUUGUGGGGAAAUUCAUACAACCUGGAUAUAGCGUGAGGAGAACGGUUCCUCGAAAUCAAGAAUGGACUUUCAUUCUUCAAUUUGACUUCUUAUUUAAUUUAUUUGGCCAUGGAGAAGUGAAUCCUGUGCAUUAAUGCAACAAAAGGAUUGCUGCAUGAAUAACAUGAUGUAGCAGCCCUCCGGACCCUGGAGAAAAAGGGGUUGGAUGUGGGUACACUGAACAUUAAGUAGAGCACACUGACAGAAACCUAGCCUACAUGAUGGUGGCUCAUUGUCAUGUAGCAACAGUGCCCCCUCUCUUUCAACCUGCUCAUGCUACAGUGCAUGUGAUCAACCCUGCGGCCUCCGAACGAGGCAACUUUUGGACAGAGCAACCUGCUGCAGAAUUCCCUCAAAAGAGGAAGAGACUGUUAAUGUCUGACCCCAGAAACUGAGUUGUCUCUGCCUGUGACACAACAUGGUCAGUCUUUCAAGUACCAAUUCUGUGUCUCCUUGGAGAGACUGCUGUAGUCUGUAAUGUGAAUGAAGCCCUCCAAGGCCGUGUCAAUGGUUUUAUUUACUGCUGUUGUUUUAUUGAGUCCUUCGCUCGGUCAAUGAGUCUGUUUAGAAGCUGUGGUGCCUUCUUUUGGUAUG